CGAAGCUGCGCAGUGGCAGGCAAGCAGCAUCGUCCAAGCCGACAUCAGAUGCAGACAACAACAGUAUCAGGCCGGGAGGGAGUCGCGUUCGUGUUCUCCUGCGUGCGAUGGAUGUUGUUUAAGGGGUGGAAACAGCAGCACGCUGCAAUAUACCUCCAAGUUUCAGCCCCAUGAAGGAGCUCCGCCCCGGCUGAGUUUGGGAGAUGGGAGUACUAAACAUUGCAGACCAGCCUCCUCUGGUCCAGGCCAUCUUCAAUCGUAAUGCUGAAGAAGUCCAACUAUUAUUGCACAAAAAUGAGGAUGUCAAUGCACUGGACCAGGAGCGGCGUACGCCUCUUCAUGCUGCUGCAUGCAUGGGUGAUGUUCAUAUCAUGGACCUCCUCAUUGAAUCAGGUGCCAAUGUGAACGCUAAAGAUCAUAUAUGGCUCACCCCCUUGCACAGGGCAGCGGCUUCCAGGAAUGAAAGGGCCGUGGGUUUGCUGCUGAGGCGCGGUGCAGAGGCCAAUGCCCGAGACAAGUUAUGGCAGACGGCGCUGCAUGUGGCGGCCGCCAACCGGGCCACGCGCUGCGCUGAGGCCUUGCUGGGCCAGCUGAGCAACCUGAACAUGGCGGAUCGUACCGGCAGAACUGCACUGCAUCAUGCCGCUCAGAGCGGCUUUCAGGAGAUGGUCAAGCUGCUGCUGAAUAAGGGAGCCAACCUGAGUGCCAUUGAUAAGAAGGAGCGACAGCCCAUCCACUCCGCCGCUUAUUUGGGCCAUGUGGAGGUUGUGAAGCUGCUGGUGUCACGUGGCGCUGACAAGAGCAGCAAGGACAAGCAGGGCUACACGCCGCUCCAUGCUGCAGCCGCGAGUGGCCACAUCGAAAUUGUAAAAUACCUGCUGAGGAUGGGGACAGAGAUUGACGAGCCCAACGGAUUCGGGAACACGGCGCUCCACAUGGCGUGCUACAUGGGACAGGAGGCCGUGGCCACCGAGCUGGUCAACCACGGGGCCAACGUCAACCAGCCCAACAGGUGUGGCUACACGCCGCUGCACCUGGCUGCUGUCUCCACCAACGGCGCCCUCUGUCUGGAGUUGCUGGUCAACAACGGGGCAGAUGUCAACCAGCAAAGCAAAGAAGGGAAGAGCCCCCUGCACAUGGCAGCCAUUCAUGGACGCUUCACACGCUCUCAGAUCCUCAUCCAGAACGGUGGCGAAAUCGAUUGUGUGGAUAGAUAUGGCAAUACUCCUCUCCAUGUCGCUGCUAAGUUCGGCCAUGAACUGCUGAUCAGCACUCUAAUGACCAACGGAGCAGACACGGCCAGACGUGGGAUCCAUGGAAUGUUCCCCUUGCACUUAGCUGUGCUUUACGGGUUUUCAGACUGUUGUCGCAAGUUACUCUCCUCAGGUCAGCUGUACAGCAUCGUCUCCUCCAUGAGCAAGGAGCACGUGCUGUCGGCAGGGUUUGACAUUAACACCCCUGACAACUUUGGGAGGACCUGUCUACACGCUGCUGCCUCUGGAGGAAAUGUUGAAUGUUUGAACUUGCUCUUAAGUAGUGGCACAGACUUGAACAGGAGGGACUUAAUGGGAAGGACACCAUUACACUAUGCGGCUGCUAAUGGGAGGUACCAGUGCACUGUGACCCUGGUGAGCGCUGGUGCUGAGAUCAACGAGCCUGACCAAACGGGCUGCACCCCCCUGCACUACUCUGCAGCCUCGCAAGCCUUCAGCAGAGGUGAUGGACAUUUUUAUGGGAACCAUCAGCAUGAUGAAGAAGAGGUGAAGGAGUCAUACUUCAGUUGCUUGGAGCAUCUUCUGGAUAAUGGCGCCGAUCCCUCGAUGGUCAACGCUAAGGGUUACAGCGCUGUUCACUAUGCAGCUUAUCAUGGCAACACACAGAACCUGGAGCUGCUCCUGGAGAUGUCCUUUAAUGCACUUGGAGACAUAGAAAGCAGUAUUCCCGUCAGUCCCCUGCAUCUCGCUGCUGACAGGGGUCAUUGGCAGGCGCUGCGUGUGCUGACUGAGACGGCUGCCUAUGUGGAUAUGCAAGAUGCUGCUGGCCGCUCUGUGCUCUACCUGGCUGCCCAGAAAGGCUACGCCCACUGCGUAGAGGUGCUCUUGGCCCAGGGAGCCUCAUGUCUCCUUAACGACAACCGCCUCAUUUGGACCCCGAUUCAUGUUGCAGCUGCUCAUGGCCAUUCUGAUUGCCUGCACAAGAUGAUCGAAUGUGGGGAGGAGGGUGACCUCACCAACGUUGCGGACAAGUUUGGCCAGACUCCUCUAAUGCUCGCCGUUCUCGGGGGUUACACUGACUGCGUUCGCUUCCUGUUGGCGAAGGAGGCAGCGCCAGAUGCCAAGGAUAAGAGAGGCAGCACAGCAUUGCACAGAGGGGCGUUGCUGGGCCACAAUGAGUGUGUAGCAGCACUGCUGGAGCACAAAGCCUCAGCGCUGUGUCGGGACUCCCUGGGUCGGACGCCGCUGCACUACGCCGCCUCCAGGGGCCACGCCGAGAUCUUGGCCAAUCUGGUGCAAGCUGCUACAGCCACUAUGGAGCCGCAAGACAAACUGCUGGACAACAAACAAUACACCCCGCUGCACUGGGCUGCGUACAAAGGGCAUGAUGACUGUUUGGAGGUUUUACUUGAAUUCAAAACAUUUAUCCAUGGAGAGGGAAACCCUUUCACUCCACUGCACUGUGCUCUGAUGAAUGGCCACAGCGGUGCUGCAGAACGGCUCCUUGAAUGUGCCGGGGUCCAAAUGAUAAACACCAGAGAUGCCAAAGGAAGGACCCCGCUGCAUGCUGCUGCUUUUGCCGAGGACGUUGCAGGACUCCAGCUGGUGCUUCGCCAUGGAACUGAGAUCAAUGCGGUGGAUAGCCAUGGACGUUCUGCUCUUAUGGUGGCUGCCGAUAAGGGACACAGUGGCACCGUGGCCAUCCUCCUUCACCGAGCAAAGGCCGACCUCACACUGCUGGAUGAGAAUAGGAACACUGCCCUGCACCUGGCCUGCAACAAGGCUCAUGAAAUGUGCGCUCUGCUGAUUCUGGGAGAGAUCCACAGUCCCACCCUUGUGAACGCUACCAACAGUGCUCUGCAAAUGCCCCUGCAUCUGGCUGCUCGUAAUGGCCUGGCCACAGUGGUGCAGGCGCUGCUGAGCAGAGGAGCAACUGUCCUGGCUGUGGAUGAGGAAGGCCACACCCCUGCUCUGGCGUGCGCGCCCAACAAAGACGUGGCUGACUGCCUGGCUCUGAUCCUCUCUACCAUGAAGCCUUUCCCACAACUUGACCCUUCCUCUUGCUCCUGCUCCUCCCCUGGCGUCUCCCCGUCGCCAGGCCUCAACUUGCUCAAGCACUGCGGCAUCACGGCCGCCUGCGCCCCCCUGCCCAGCAACGGCCUCCACAACGGCUACGUCAAAGACCGCCACGGCGCCCCGGUGGGCCUAGACGGCUGUCUGUCCGAGUGAGGGGUGACGCCGUCGGGCUCGGUCAUGCUGCUGUCACCGUCAUCUACCACCAGGGGGUGUCUCCCUUUAACGUGGCCAAGAGGACCAGGAGAGCACCGCCUACAUAUCUAUUCUGUGUAUGUAUGUAUGUAUGUAUGUAUGUUUGUGUGUGCGUGAAUGUUUUGAUCUUCUCAUGAGGUGCAGUCAAACCUAAUAUGCAAUUAGAUCCCCAUUCCUCCACCCCAGAGUAGUGCUUACUCCAUAGAGGUUUGUUGCUCUACAAGGCCACGCCGAUCAAGUGUGACAUCCAAACAAAUGUAAUCUGGCCAUGCGGAAGUCGUUUGAACCCUUUAAAAGCAUCAGCUACAUAACGGCACUGGAACAAGUCUCACCGUCAUAUCGUUGCGUGAAAUCAUAUCACUUUGGUGACCUUGUAGAGGAACGUUCAGCCUUCCCAAAAAUGAUCAGUUUCUUUUCAAGAUGUUUUUUUUUUUAAAUUCUACUUUAGCCUUGAUUUUUUUUUUUUAAUGAAGGAACCACACAAGGGGAAAAAAAAAAUCAAAUUAGCUGAUGAGUGCAAUGCUUAUGUACGACAGUACAAUCUGAAAGGGUCACAAAGAUUCUGUGGUGUACUUUUAAACGGCUCCUAACUUUUUUGGCAUUGUGGAAAAAAAAUUAGGUGACGCUGCUGAAUACAUUUAACGCGCCUCCUUGCAAAGGAGCGCCACGCCGGCAUCUGGGCCCGAAUGCCGAUGCUGAUAUUUUCAAGAUGCUAACUAAGUGUUUGUUAGGCUAGAAUGUUUCUAAGCAUAUGUUAUGACCAAAGUUGAUCAACACUACUAUGGCUAUAAAAUUAUUUAUUUGAGAUGAACUGUACUGUACAGAGAGAGACAAUAGAUCUUGAUAUACCUCGUCAACUCGUUUAGCAGCUGCUUCAUCUUUGCCCAGGGUCCGUAGGCCUGACGUUCUUUUUGUUUGUUUGUAGGUCGGGGAAAACUACUGUAGGAUGUAGUGAAGUGACCGAGGCCUUGUUGAUUUCCUAGAUGAAGGCUUUACAAGUAAUAUCUGCCAACAACACCUCAUCAGAGCGUCGUAUAUCUGAGCACAUUAAUGAACAAGCCAUUUCAAUUUCGUUCCCAUCUUUUGAACAGUGUUUGUUCAAAGAUUUCAGAGUUGGCGUGGCCUAAGCGAUAGGUUGGUGUGGCGUUUAGGCCUUUUUGUGCACGUGUGAGUGAGUGCGUGUGUGUGUGUGUCAUCAGUGUUGAAGGAUUUUCUUGAACUCGUCUUAAUAGCUUCUAUCUCGUGGUAGUCGUCAAGUUGAAGCAUAUUUUCAGCUUAUUUUACUGCCUCCAUUAUUCUUAUUAUUAUCAUUAUUAUUAUGAUUUGGCAACUUAUGAGCAAUAGUUUUUCUUUUGGCCUUUUUGUUUGUUUAAUUGAAUAGACAAUCACUGUCACAAGGGCUUUUGUUUCCCUGGAAUGUGUUUGGUUUUCCUUUUGGUCUUACUCUGUGACAGAUGACCUGAAGACUAAACGAAUGGCUCUGCGUGUUUUGGGCAUUUUAAACCGUCUGUGUCAACACAAAUGCACUGGAUUGCCUUUGACGGCGUCUCAUCAAAUGCCUUUUUCGACCCAUGCCUUUCGUCAUUUCAGUUGGAAUUCAGUGGCAGAAGUAUUAUGAGCAUCUCGUAUUCUUCUCGGUCGUUAGCACGAACCACGACAAUAUAUUUUAAAAGAAAAAAAUAGAUCAUAUUAGCCUCGGCCGAUAUGUGUUGUCGAGUAGGGAUGGCAUUUGAAUUCAAUUUCACGAUCGACUCUGGGGAGAAAUGAAGGUGGAAUAAUCGAUACAUUUUGAAAUAUAUUCUAGCGAGACGGGAGAAUUUCUCUGCAUGUUCUGAUACCCCGUGACCGUGCGUAGCGUAACUUGCCGCAAGCCAGUGUCGUGUUCCAGUGUCCGCACUGGUUGAGACUGAAUGAACAGCGCCUCUUGUUUUCCACCAAGUAGCUCACGGCGUCAAGCCUCAUUUGCUUCAAGAGUUGCUGACUCAGCAAUCAAUUCCACACAAUUAUGCCCAUCCCCAGUGCCGAGUUCAGGAAUAGCAGAAAUCCAAAUACGAGCUUUUUGCUGUUUUUUCUUUUUGUUUGUUUUUUCUCGUCAUCCCAUUUCUGGUACUAAACAUACUAAAUGCAUACUAAAGAUGAUUGUAUUGCACCGUUACAGCUGUUGGCAACGUAUUUUAUUUCGUUUUUGUCGUUAUUUGCGUCGUCUGCCGGCCGUGAUAACUUUACACAGUAGCCACUGCGAGUCAAGUGGCACAAUUGCACACAUUAGUUGACCAGAUGGGUGAUGAGGACCGAGACCUGUUGUUCGAAUCCUCCCUCCCUCCCUCUCUCCCUUCCUUACAUCAUUUUACAAUUGACACAGACUCCGGUCCAGAGGAGCCGGUGCUAGUUUGCUGAGAUGAAAUUCAUUUGUCGUUAUUCUCUUGAGUUAUUUAAAAAGGUACAUUGUUUGUGAUCUCAGGAUCUGUGCUUGAAGCAGCAAGCGAAAUUAAUGAACCAAUUAGAAUUCAGCAGGAUGAUUAGUAUUAGGUUUUUGUUUACAUGGAUGGGAUGUUCCAUGAAAUUUGAUUCCCUUUUUAACCUUAAUCCCACAGCACUUAAUUAGUCAAGCACGCACUUUCGUACAUUCAGGUUCUAAGUGUGCAAAAUGGAGCAGAUGUAAUGUAUGUCCUUAUGUUUACAUGCAUGUGUGUUGCUGCUGAAUUACAGGAAUGGUCGGCUGGUUGUCGAUUUAGUGCUUUGCAUUGAUUAGCAAAUGGUGUUUCCGAGCGCUCGGAGCUCUGCCCACUGCCCACUGGCUUUUCAAUCUCGUUUCGGUGUGUGCACAUUUGUGUGAGAGAGAAAGCGUCCUCUAACAGCAUUCUCUGAGUGGCUGCACCUUCCUUCCUGAUCAGUUGGCCCGAGACACUUUGAGCAAAGUGUGCCGACUCGACAUCCUUAGAAACACCACACACAUACACCGGCCAUUUGUAGGUGCUUGUCCGUUCUGGCAGGGAUGUUUUUUUUCUAUUUUCUCCCCCCGCCCCCCUUUCCCCCUUUUUCUCUAAUGAUGUCCAAAUGUGACCAGUAAACGGAGACGUUGCCUCCCUGCAACUAUACAAGCUUUUCGUUUGGGACAUACCUGUGGUGUUCUUAAACAUGCUUUGUCUGUGUGUGUGUGUCAGUAAUAAGUGUUGUGCAUGUUUAUAUAGAUAAAAUAGGUGGUUGGUUCAAUUGUAGCAACAGUGUGAGAUUGAAUGCAGCACAAACGUUGCCAUCCCCAUAGGCUUAGUCAUUUAUGCCAAUGGUUAGAUUUCAAAUACAAAUGCGGGUUUUGACUCAUUCCCAACUAUUGCCAAAACCUGUGUAAGGAGGAUGGGGAAACCGCCCACUACAGAACCAAUUGAUUUAUGCAUUCAUUCAGGCCGUUUACAGUCUGACCAUUCAAUCUGAGCCAUGACUGAAAUGAAUGUCAGGUCGGGUUUUUUUCCCCUCAAGCAAGAGAUCUUGAAGUAGUGGAAAAUGCCCCUGGUAGCAUGUGCUGUAAACCUCUUGUUUGAGAGUGUGUUAUCUACCUUGCCGUUUGGCGGCUAAUUGUUGUUUCCGGGGAUUUUUAUUGCGGCCAACAAGGUGUAUGUGGGACAAUUUGACAUUCGUUUCAUUGAGAAUGCCUUAUCAACCGGGAUAAAAGAAAACAAGACAAAGGUCUACAUCAGAAUUUGGUCGCUUAUAUUUGACAAAAAUGCACCUAAGCAAAUACCCAUUUAGUGCCAUAGAAACCUUUUUUUGCCUUUAGAUGUAACUCAUUGGUCAGUAACUUAUUCCCUAAUAAGCAGGAUUAUUAUUAUUAUAACAAUAAUGUUUGGACUUGCAUGUCUUUGUACCAUUUAGGAAUAUAGCAAAAUAAAUAUUUGCAUGGGAUAUUUGAAUACUUGGACACAAGUACUCUGUCAGUGGGGUUUUGUAAUUGGACAACCUCGUUUUGAUAUAGGCAAAGCAAUCCCAUUUGUGCUUGUUCGGCAAGCUGUGUGCGUGUGCGGGCACGUGUCAGAACUAAUUUGUUGAUGUCAUAAGAAUUUGGAGGAAAAAAUUGUAUUUUCAGAUAAUGGAUGGAUGGAUGGAUUUACCUCUAUGGAUGUCGCGAUUUUUACUUGAAACGAUGCUGAUAAAUAACAACAAAAAUCAGCAAAUUUCGAUUCAACUUUGAUCCUCUGUUGAGCCGUUCGCCUUAAAAGCAUUAAAAAAUAUAUACUUUUUUUUUUCUUUUUUUUUCCCGCCCACCGAUCCCUGACACAUUGACACAUCUGCUUGUGUGUGGUUACGGACGGGACAGCUAAAAUGGCAUGUUGGCCCUUCGGGUGUCAAGGAGCACACAAAUUUGUCACGGUAGCACAUCGCUGAAGGUUGCCAUGGUGCAGAGAUUGUCCCGAGAGAAGGAUAAUGCCAUAUUUUCCACGGUGAAUGAAUAGAGUCAGAAUUUACUUGCAAACAAUCAACUUAGGCUCCUCCGUUAUGGCCACAGGGGGUUCAAAGCGGUGCUUUUCACACGCAGAAAGGAAAUAUGAUACUAAUUAUAAUCAUAAUAAAUGAAGUGCAGCUAGGCAAAGAGUCCAUCUCGCCAUGAGUCGUGCAAUUCUUUUUAAACCAGCCUAAAUCGGAAAUGUAUGUUGACGGAAUUGUCACUCGCUUGCAUUUUCUUCUACCUUUAGCAAGUCGCUCCCCGCUGCACCUUCUCAUACUUUUUAUUGGACCUGCCGUUUUACCUCAUCCUGUGUGUGACGACGCUAACUAUAACUCACCUUCUUCCCGGACCCCCUUUUUUUUUUUUUUUUAUAAGAAUAAAAACUCAAGAAUGUCUUUUCCCAUGACAGUCAACAUUGCAUAUCAUAGAGGGUGGUGGGAGACUGUCUAACUGUUGGAAGGUAGCUACUUCAUUUUACUUCUUGUCCAGUCAAACAAUUUUUCUUAGUCAUUAGCCACGACCCUACAUUCCCUUCCCCGCCCUAUCAGUGUGGACUAUCAAGCACAGCGGUGGCACGGUGCCUUUUAUUUGUUACUACCGAAAGGUACGGUCUUCCAUUUGUACUUCCCGGAAGCCUUAUACAAUGUGGAAAAUGAUAUUUCACUCAGCAUGUCGGACCUCAGUCCGAGGCCCAUCCAAGACCCCCCCCACACCACCACCACCACCACCACCAUUGACCCUCUGCGAUCAGAUUCUCUUGGUUUUGGUUUUAGCCACUCCGCGUUGCACAUUUGAGACAGUUCUUCGGGCACAUCGAGCAUGUGAAUGGAUUGGGAUCAAACGGUAUGAAAGCACAAAUCCAAAGACAGCACCGCAAAGUUCUGCUCGCCCCUCCCAAAAACUUGUUUGAAGGACAUACGUAUUUUGGUACAGAUGAGGUUUGACUAUGGGUUGCAGUGAUAACCGGCCUUUAACACCUUGUAGCAAAAGAGACGAGGCAAAAUUGUAUUUCUUGUAAGAUCAAGGUCUUGAUAAAACUGCCUUCCAAAAUGAAGCAUCACCCACACCCAUCAGUGUCACUGAUGGUCGAUGACGGUGAGAAGUCCGGCGACCGCCCGAUAAAUCGGUGCAUCCCAACCUUGACUGUCAAGUCACACAAACUGUAGAAAGACAACCGCAUGGAUUCUCUGAGCUUCUUCAGAGUCUCCUCAGCUCUUCGCUAUCCAUUGAAGAUGUGCGGAAUCACAUCAUUUGUUGUGUUUGCCAACCGAUUGUUGAUUUGUGUGUCAUUUAGACUAGACCGAGUACAAGUAGGGUUACCGUAGUAGCCAGUGUGCAGUGUUAAUAACCGUGUGAAUCGUACUCUAGAAGUGGCGUAACGUGUCGUCUUAACCGAGGCAUGAAUCUUCUUAAGCUGACCUCCUUUGGAAAUAGACAAAAGAUAAAAGUGCAAUAACCUUUUGUUUACCGUUGCUUCCUCCGUGGAUUAUUUAAUAUGCUUUUAAUUUGAACACCAAAAUUCACUCAGCUGUAGCAAAUAAAGGAUUUUCUCGUUUGUGUUCCGAGCGAUGGCGUUUGAUUGCGGGAGUGUACGUGUGUGUGCUAUUUCGUUCUUAAAACUGUGAUCCAGCUUUGACGAGCCGCCCGCUUGGUGGAAGCGCCGUGUACAAGUUGGCUGGUAGACAGAAUUAGUAGGUGCGUGUGUGUGAGCGUGUGUAUGUCCUCAUGGAGGACACUGUUGUACUUUGGAAUCUUUUAUUCCUCCACUUCUGGUUUCUAGCUGGUAGACAGGUUCCUUCGCAUGUGUAGAUGUAUAUGCAUCCUCCUCCUUGAAUGAAACAUUUCUCCCAAAAAAAAAAAAAAACUAAAGGAAAAAAAUUUAGUCCUGCUGUCUGUGAUAUAUGCGGAUAAAAGGAGUAUUGAAAAUGCCUUAUAUUUGUGUUAAUGUUGAGCAUUAAAAAUUCUUGCGUGUUCCUCCCUUUUCAGCGUGUAGCCUAAAGCUUGUACAGUCCGACUCCUGAGAUUUCUAUCUACUGUAUAGCCUACUGUACGUGUUUCCAUACUUUUGUUACCUGGAGUUGAUUGUCCUGUUUUUUUGUUGUUGUUUUUUUUUAAUGAGAAACAUUCCCCUCAAAAGUGCCGUUUGUUUUCACCAGCAGAGAAGCAAUGUCUUUUGGGGGAAAUGAAGAAGGAGCACUUAGCUCACAUUCAUUGUUGAAGUGACAAUGAAAACUUAGGCUGAAUUUACACUACAUAGUGAGUGUGACACCAUUUUUUUUUCUUUUUUUGCAUAGCUGAUGUUGAUCAUCUUGUACGAACCACAAACUAGUUGAGUGAAUCAACCACACCUCUGUUUGCAGACAACUGCUGCACUUUGCUUUUCCCGCAAGUGCUUUCCAUUGUGUUCAAUCAACAAUUGGUGCCACAAAUCAGUCUAUUUUAAAUCAAAAAUAAUAUUGGGAUAUAAAUGAGAUACCUGCCAAUAAUUCGUUCAGAUCACAGGUCCCCUGUUUAUGUGAGUUGGGUGACCUCAAACUGCCAAUUGACACAACUGUGGCAAAUCAAAACAACAAUGAAAGCACAUGAGUGCAUUUUGCAUGGAAAUAGUGAACUGUGGCAUAUGUUUUGGAACAGAUCGAACUAAAUGACAUGGGUUGCUUUAAUGUUAUUUACAUUUAUUUUUUCUUGUCUCAAAGAAAAAUGAUAACUUUCUUUCCCUGACCUUCUGGAUGUGUUCACUACUGCACAGGCAUUUGCCUUUCAAGUAAAUGUUGGCACAGUUUUGGGUUAGGUCAGAUAAUUCGGCUACAGAUAUGAAUUUGCCGCUUGAAACACAUGUAGUGUAAAUCCAGCCUGGUAAGGGAAAAAAAAAAGGCUAAGGAUUUUUGGUUUUAUUCUUCUGUUUUUUUUCUUUCAUUUGUGUUUUCAACGGCGCACCUUUUUACUGCGUGAUGGAAGUUGCCUCACCGUGUUGUGAUUCCUCUAAAACAGAGCCAUAAUGGAGAAGUUGACCCUUAGGAGCCCCCCCUUUGAAUGUGUUUCGAGGAAUAGCCUACUGUAGGAAAGGAUGUAUACUUGCAUGUCCUGUGACAUUUUAGGAGUGAUCGUUCGUCUUUGUUUGGUUUAUUGCUUUUGUUUAGUCACUGUAGAUGUCGCCACCUCAUUGAUGCUCACGAGCUAUUAACAAUCCUCACAACUGGACUUGAUGCAGGCUGAGGCAGCCUUAUGUCGAAAAAGAAGCCGGUAGAAAAUCGGUUGCCUGUUUUUACUUGGAGUGGCUUAACUGAGGACAUACAAGUGAGCCCUUAUCGAGGAGUGGAAGGACUCUGAAUCAGGGCAUGUGAUGAGUUACAAUCAGCGAAUUUCACAGUGCACCUUCACAUUGAACACAAAAAGAAAAGCCCAACAUUCCAAAGUUAACUCCAUUUCCUUGGUCCUGUCCAUCUGAAUAGACUUGCUUUUAUGUUUUGUUUUUGUUGUUUUACUUUACGGGUGAAUGAAGUGGGCUCACUCGUGGAUGUGCUUGUGUGCCUGCGUCAAUGACAGGGUUCCCUAGUUAGCCUGAUUACCUCAUUUACAAAAUCUGCAAAUCUACUUGUUCUACUGUGCGCUAAAGGAGUCAAUGCCAUCACCAGCAGCAAGACCUGUGAUGACAACAGGACCAACCAAUGCAUUGGACUUUGACAAUUACAAACUGGGAGAGACUCUUAAAGAUAGUUUGUAUUUUUUGAAGGCUGAGGAACUUGGCACAGCAGCUCAUCGCAUCGAGUCUCACACUGCCAGAAUUUUGUUGAACCGCAAAUUUGAUCGAGUCUUUUUUGUUCCUUUUUUUUUUAUUAUUAUGAAUGAUUUCUCCACCACCCACCAUAAUGCGUUUUGUCAUUUUUUAACUGGACAAAUUCAGACACAGGUCAAAGGUACACCGAACAGAAUUCCCUGCAGUUCUCAGCAAACAUAUCGAAUGUAACAAGAUUAGAAAAGAUGUUGUCAUCUUCCCGGAUAUCUGCGAGCAAGUUGUUUUUCUGAUUUAAAUCGGCAUAAAUAUUAUUUUCAUUCAAAUGAUAAGGAUUCGGUUGCGUUUCUUCAUGAAUACAAAAAAAGCCAAAAAUAGAAAUCCAUGCUUUUCAUUGGGUAGCCAAGAUAUCAUUUCAAGAGGAAGUAGUUGCGAGCACAUUGUUUGUUCCCUUCAAGUGAUCAAGCAGCACAUUAGAUCAAUUGAACUCGCAUGUACUUAGAGUGCAGCUGACUGCAAACGACCGUUUUUCGAACUUAACAGCCGAACCGACUCUUCGAGAUGAGCUGCCGUUCUCCAGGUCGACUCGCCCAGUUGGUGAAGUGAACCUUGGCGUUUGCAACACUUGCUGUUCUCCGUAGCAUUUCUCCUACCUCCUUGUUUUUGCAGCUUUGAGUAUGGUUUGUCUCUCCACCUUGUUCCAACUAGAAGUGCUCGUCAAUAUGGGAAUACAAACUGACUUUAUCCGAAGCAGUAGUAGUGUCGAUGAAUAGUGUGCUCGAUUGUGUGUCUGGGAGAACUAUGAGAAGCAUUUAUACGACUAUACACCACUGGAAUGUGAAGCCAGACAAUGUUACGAUGCAGAUUAUGAUGAUAGUCCCCCUUUAACAUUGAAGUGGCGCACAGCGGAGUCAUCUUGUAGAAAACCAGUAACCACAUAUUGGCUUUUAGUUACCCCUUGGAAUCCCAUUAUUGCCUCUGGCUGUAACUGUAACUUCAUUCUGGAACAGUAUUGAUUACCCGGGAGCGUGACAAUAUCGCAGGUUGUCACGAGGACAGUGGAAGGGUGGACUCCUGAUUCGGCGUCAGAGGCGAGACUUUGAGCGCCCGCUGUGCCGUCCGCCUUUAGAAUCCAUCCAUCCACUCUGUGUUUUUACGGAAACCAUAUUUUGCUCAGUAGGCGUCUUGUCUCCACCCAGUUGCGACAACCCCUAUGUUCACUUUGACAGCAAGGGGGACAGGAUGAGGUUCAGAUCCCGCCCUUCCAGCCUAAUGCAUCUGCUACCGUCGUAGGACAGGACUGAUCCCACACACACACACACACCCUCAUCCAGCCCGCUUCCUCACCUCAACCAGUUCAUAUUUGUUCUCUUGAGUUUAUUCGACAAUGCAAUCCUGAAAGCACUUUGCCUUGUUAUUCCUUUGUGUGAACAUGUGAAUGAUGAUUUGUUACAAAAAAAAAAGGAAAAUAUGUCAAUUAUCAUUCACUGUUUUGGAAAAACCUGCAUUUGUCUUUCUGACAUUAAAAGAAAAAAAAACAAUUUAGUGACAUUCAAACCUAUGAAUCUAUUUUAUAAAAUGUUUGCUGCAGCCAAUUGGUCUUGUCAUUCAGUAUUGUGGCUUAGGGUUGUUUGUGUUGAAUAAAGUGCUAUUGCUAAAUAUUUA